UGGAUACUAUUGAGGCUUCAAUUUUCAAGCGCAUGCUGAAUACACUGACUGUAAACAGGCUCCGUAUCGACUGAACUGUCAAAACAUAGCAGGUGCCCGUUUGAUCAGAAGAAUUGAUAAAGUUACGACCAAUGAGAUAGCCAGGUUAUUUAGUGAACCAAUCACGGCGAAUGUUACAAUCACUGGCUGUCCGCCAAGAUUUGAAUUUGCAGAUGAUAUUGACAGCUGAUCGUCUGCCAAGAACCACCAACAAAACAACCCAGAAAAAAAUUACAAAGGAGAAGCUGAAAUCGUCAUGCUAACACAGUAAAGAAAGGUGGUUGUUGUGACCUGUGUGAGCUUAUUUGCCAGUUUAAAAUUGAGUCAAGAUGGUUAGUGGUCAACUUGUUGCGGCGUUACCAUCGACCUGCAAUCCACAAGACUCCGAGAUCGAACAAAGAGAUGACCGAAAGGAGUCUGUCUUGUAUCAAGAUCUGAUGAAUGAUUUGAUGAAACUGGCAAAGUGUCCAUUCAGAGAAAAUCUGGCUGGGAAGUUGGAGAAUAAGACAGACAAUGACCAGAGAGACAAUGCAGUGUCAUCAAUGAGAUGUUUGAAUCAGUUCUACAACUUCAGCUCACAAACAUUUGCAACAGCUGUACAGUAUUUAGACUUUGUUCUCUCAAAAGUAAAGGUUCAGAACAAAUACCUGUCAUGUUUAGUUGCAGCUUGUCAUUAUAUUUCUACAAAGAUUAAUGAGGAACCGGAGGAUACCCCAUCAGCUACAGAGUUGUCCCACAUUCACAGAAAGAUGUGGAAAGCCUCAGAUUUAAAAAGAAUGGAACUAGUGGUACUACAAAAGAUGAACUGGAAACUCUGGCCUGUUACCUGUUCUAGUAUUCUUAAACACAUCUGUGAUAUAAUGAGUAAAGUCAAUCCAAGUCUUCCAAGCUCUUUACUAGAUGACCUUCUCCAAAAGUUUGAAGUUUGCAUAAACUACAAUAACUGUGUGCUUUAUACUAUUCCAACUCUUUGCCUUUCCUUGGUACAGUUACAUUUGAAAGAAAGUGAUCUGUUAACACCAGCUUUAAGUCUCUGUCUUCUGCAGCUUCAUGAACUAUGUGAUGUUGGAGAUUCUGAGUUUUAUGAGUGCUAUGAAUCAGUUACGAAGAUUUUAUAUAACUAUUGUAAUUAUCCAAGCAGUCAUCCAGCUUGUCUCCCCUUGCCAAAACCUCAACCAAGGAUCAACUUGAUGACAAGACCUAGUGCCUAUGGAGAUACAGAUCUACCCACUAUUUAUGAAAACCCUGUCACUACAAUUUAUGUAUCUACAAGUGAUUCUGAUGAGUCCCCGGUUAUAAAGAAAGAAUAUGACAGUUGGAGUUAUUGUGUAUUACCUAGAAGAUGUUCCAUUACGGCUGAAUGAACUCAAUCUCCCUUAUUCCAAUGUAGGCAGCAGUUAUAUACAAUACUCUGGAAAUCUUAUUGUUAUUGUUUCUCUGUACUAAAUCUUUCCUCUUUUGUUGACAAUGAUUUCUGUUACAUUUUUAUAAAUGUGUAUGUUUGUUGAUAAUCAAUGCAAAUCAUAUGUGUACCUGAUACGAAGGAUAUAAAAAAGAAGCUGUAAUUGGAAAUAAAUGUGUGAAUGUGUCAGUGUUGUAUGAUUGUUGUUGUGUAGUUGUUAGAGGGCAGAUAGCUUAAAGUGUGAUAGUAUUAUAACUUAGAGAUGCAAACAAAUAUUUAAUGUUUUAUUAUUUAAUUUAUUUCAAUUAUUUGAAAUUUUAGGAUUCAACAGUUAAACUGUUGAAGAAUAUUUUUAAUAAAUGUAAAAUGGAGCUUGGAUGUAUCUGUUAAAGACUGUUCUUAAAAUAGACAGUAGUUGCCAGCUGGUUUAUUUUUAAUUUAAUUUUUGUUUCAAUUUCACAUUUUUAAAUUAAUUUUUAGAACAUUAUUUCCCUCAAGAAUAUUUUCAGUCCAUUUCUAACUUUAAACAACAGAUUUUGUUUAUGUUUUUUUAAAAUAUGUUAUUCAUGUUCUUUAUUUUAACAAACUUUAGUACCCAUUUACUUACACUUGUAUUUAUUCUUUAUAUAACACAGACCCAGGGUGAUAGAAAGAAAGGUGGAAUAUUUCACUUCCAAAGAUCAUUCACAAACAAUAUAUUUAUCUAAUCUAGCACCUUCUUUCUUUGAGUAGAGGAAAGAUAAAAAAAUAAUAUAUACCCUAUUAUGGUUGUGCCUGUCUACUUGCCAAAAUUAAAAACAAAUGUUGAAACAUUUAAAAAAAAAUGACGAACAAAUUUUACCUUCAACUUUAUUUAUCUAUUUAUUAAGUUUACAUAAAUGACACAUUAUUUUAAUUUUUUAUAUAAUGGGCAACAGGAAUUCUUUGGAUUGAGAUUAAUGUUGGAUUAGAGAAAAUAUCUUAAAAGAAAUAGCUUUCAAAAUGUGUAUUUAUUUAUUUCUGGAAUCGAAGAAGCUUUUUAUUGUAAAAUAUUUUUAUUUAACUUACAUUGUUUGAUUUUAUCAAAUGGCAAAUUGUGUUAGUUACCGGUAUUGUACAUAUUUUUUUAACGACCAAAUUAUAAUUACAAGUUGUGCAAUAACUAUACUAAUUAUCCCUCCAUACUGUUGAGUCAGUAUUGUUAUUAAUCUGUUGAUUAUGUUAAAAUUUAACAUUGUCGGAUAUUAUUGUUAUGUGUAAAUAUAUCUAUUAUUUAUUGACAUUAUGUGUAGUGCCAUACAAAAUAAUUGUUGAAUGACAAAAAUGGAACGAUUUUCAUAUCAAGAUUGCAUGUCACAAAAAUUCUGAAAAUUAGUGCAUACUUCAAAUUAAAAUUUAUUACAUUUUGUUUGAAUGUAAUAAAAUUAUAACAUUUAGGGAGUUUGCAUGACCAACCUAUCCUUUUAUAACCCCAUUAAAGGAAGGCCCAAGCAAGUAAGAAUAUUGAAAACAAAAUUGUUGUACUUUUUACUGAUCUCACAUUUGAAGAACAACUUCUGGAAACCCAUAAUAUUUUGGCAAACUUUCUCCUGACCAUGGCUUAACUGAGCAUAAAUUAAGAAAGACAGACUUAUUGCAGUUUAAGUAAUGUGUUUAAUGCACAAUUAAAGAUACAUACAGUUUUAUUGAUUUUAAAGCACUUAGUUAGAUUUAACAACUGUUUUGUAUGGCAAAAUGUGAUUGUACUUGUUCUAUGCAGUAAGCAUGAAAAAAAAAGUUUUAUACAUUUAUAUAUUUUUAAAAUGCAAAAAUGGUGCAAAAAAGAAUAAAAUUUAAAAACAA